AUGGAGGUGAAACAAACCACUUCCACAUUAGUGACGUCAAAUACGAUUGAGGACGGAAACCAAAAUGAAGAAUUUAUAAACUCACAGGACCAUCAACAUCACCCUCGUCCCACUUCCCAUCAUGAGGGUUCAGCAAAUUCAAACGCAGACAAGGACAGUUUAAACGACUCACUCAAUGAAUCUACCUCAUUCAACGAAAUUCCACAUGCACAGGAUGCGGCCCAGCCAAAUUACCAGAAUCAUUAUACCCCGGAAAAUACACUGAAUAAACCACACCCCUUCAACGCAAAUAGCCAAGGUACUUUUGGACCCCAGGAUUCUCGACCGGCUUCAACCCAGCCUAACUCUGGCUAUCUUGACCCACAGUGGGGUCAUAUGAUGUUUGAUGCUAGCUCGGCGGACUACUUGUACAACAUUGAGUUACUCACACAUAUACCUCAACCAGGAAACAAUACUGGAGUAAGUGAUUCCAAUGGAGGCAUUAUGCACCAUAUCCAAUAUCAGAAUAAUGUACACCCAGAAGUGGACACCGUACCAUUACAUGAAAAAUUUGACAAUCUAAACCAUUCGCAACAGCAAUCACAACUACAGCUACAACUUCACCCCCAACUCCAACUACCCCACAAAGAGGAGACAUUGAGUCAGAGCCAACUGCCGCAAGCAUCAAUUACCCAGCAACUCAUCGAUACCACCCCAAAUCCAUCAUUGCAAGGUGUGUACACAAAGUCAACAAAGCAACGUCGUCCCUGUGACCAAUGUCGAAGAAGGAAAACCAAGUGUGUUAUUGUUCCAAAUACAAACAACUGUGUGCAAUGUGAAGCAAAACAAUUGAAUUGUACCUACACCACUCCUGCAACGAAAAGAAAGGCUUCUGACAUGGGACUGGAUCCGCAAAAAAGAGGACGACCAAACAACUCGGGAGCUGAUAAUGAAAAUAAUCAAAUUCCCGACGUGCCGAUACGAGAGGUUGCACCAGUGCAAGACUACUCAGCGAUGAACCACUCGCUUCUCAAAAAGACAUUAUCUUUGCAGUUCCCUCGCUCAAGUUUCUACGUAGGGCCAACAAAUUACUUGUAUGACGUGAAUUUGUUGAAUAAAAUAAUCAACUCGCGUACUGGCGAUAGUACAGGUCAGGGUCAAAGCGGCUCGGCAAAAGUUGAACAAGCAAGUUUGAGUAAUUCCAUAUCGUUGAGGAAAGUUUGUGAAGAAGUGCAUUUUGUGUUGAAAGACGACCAGUCGCCGCAAUCGUACCAAACAAUGUCAAAUGACGUUGAUACCAUUGAAAAACUCAUCUCACCCCACGGGCAAAUCUUGAUUGAUUUGUACUUUAGAAUCAUCCAUCCAUCUUAUCCCAUUGUUCAUAAAAAGGUGUUUUUGGAAAAAUAUGCGCGCACACAUCGAGAGUUCACUGCCCCAUUGAUUGCAGCUGUGUAUGUACUAGCCAUCCAAUGGUGGGAUUACGAUCCUCAAUUGAAUCGAUUCCCUAAACCCAAUGUCGAGCUCAUUUUGAAAAUAGGGCUUAAAAACUAUCUUCAGGAGAUUCUCAAGCGUCCUAAAUUGAGUGCAGUACAGGCGGGGUUGUUGUUGUUGCAAUGUAAACACAUUAUUAGCUGCAAGGCUGCAAACAACCAAGUUCAAAAUAGCGGAGAUGCAGACUACUCCGAAUGGGUUCUUUGUUCCCAGGUUGUAUCGUUAGCUGAGGAGUUGGGGCUCGGGUUGGAUUGUAACAAUUGGAAAUUACCCAAAUGGGAACGGGGCUUGAGGAAACGAUUAGCUUGGGCGGUGUACAUGGAAGACAAAUGGCUCUCGUUGAAAGACUCUCGGCCUUCACAUAUUAAUGAAAACAACUGGAUUGUUUUACCGUUGCACGAGCAGGAUUUCCCCGACAAACAUGGUGAUGGUGACUUGAAGGAAGGGUCGUCCGAUUUGGAUACUGGGAAAAAGGUUUUCACAAACUUAAUUGCUUUGUCCAAGAUCUUGUCUGACAUUUUGGAUCAGUUCUACUCGAUGAAGGCAAUGAGAGAAAUCACCAAUAUUGGCGAAGUGUUGAAAUUGGCCAAACCAUUGCAACUACAGCUUCGGAAUUGGUUUUAUUCUUUGCCUAGCGAUUUGCAAAUGAACUUGGUACAACCAAGAAAGUUAUGCUCCAAUGGAUACCUACAUUUAGCUUACUUUGCUACCGAAUUGACGUUGCAUAGAAAAAUAACCACCAUCAUAUAUCAACAAACUCAUGCAGGAAACGCACCACCUCCGGAAUUGGUCAACGUAUGUCGUUCUGCCGCCAAAACUCGUUUAUUGGCAUCAAUUGAAUUUGUGAGGGACUUGAAGCCGGAGCACAUACAUUCAUUUUGGCACUCGUCUUCAUCCUCCAAUUUCACAUUGAUAGGGACUUUUGCUGCUAUUUUGUUCAUCUCGUCGCCUACACAAGAAGAGGCAGAUUUUUAUCGCGAUCAAAUCUUCAAUUAUCGAUGGAUUUUAAAAAUAUCCUCAAAAGGGUUUGAUCAAGUGGCUGAGGCAUUAUCACAAUUGGAUUUGGUUUUGGGAAAUAUACCGGGCUUACUCAAUGACCAUGUCGAUAUGCCGAUGGUGUUGCCCAAUGUUCAAAACCAACAAAUGAUGCCACAACCUAAUCAAGGUUAUCAACAACUGCAACCACAACUGCAACCACCACAACAGCAAGCACAACCGGGAGUGUCCCAUCCUCAGCCACGCCCCCACACUUCAUACGACGGCAAAACUACCACUAAUCAGCAAAAGAUGCGAAUGCCUUCUAAUUUGCGAGAGUCACCGUACAAUUCGCCACAGAGCUUCUACACGCCACCAUUUGUUCCUUCUCCACAUAGUAAGGCAAUGAACUCACCCCAUGCAUCUCAAUCCCAAGGAAACACGUCGCGAGCAGUGUCACCUAAAGUGUAUUCCAACAAAGCACCAACUUAUCCUGACCAGUCUCCUCAGUCGUCUCACCUCACAAAGUCACCCGAGUCAACUACAAGGUAA